UUUCAUCCCAUAAUAUCAUUCUCUCUCUCUCUCAUCUCAUCACAUCACACACGAUCUCUUGAACGAUCUCACUGUUUCUCAUUAACAAAACCGUUUAACCACUUAAUAAACACAAACACAAACACCAACACACUUAAACUGUGUUAUUAUUUUACUGCUAUACUUCUAGUUUUUCUGCUAUGCUUUGCUUUGCUUUCUUUUUUUUUUUUCCUUCCCUCUUAGUUUAGUUUCUCACACCGACUGUUAUGAACUUCCCACGUGGAUCUGAUGACCUCAUUCCACCAUGGAUCAACCUUCUCAUUAGCCUUAGCCUUCCUGGCUCAUCACCAUUAACCACAUAACACUGACAUGUCUUGAAACUUAAUUCAAAGAAUUUGUUUUUUUCAACUUUUCUCAUCUGGGGUGCUUAUUCUUUUUUCUUUUUAAUGGUUUUGGAACUGGUUCUGAGAAUGAACAGCUGGAGAAAAACAACAAGGGUGAGUGUAUGUUCUUGUGUGAAAACUUAGAAGUGGAAAAAGAAAAAAAAAAUGAAUUAUGAGUUUGACUCCUCUUGUUUAUGUCUUUUUUGUAUUCUUCUGUCUACUUGGGUUUUUUUUCCUUGAAGGUGAAAAAUCAUUGGAUGCUGAACGUGUGGUUCAAGUUCCAACCAUUUUUUGGGACUGGGGAGUAGAAGAAACAAAAUGUGUUUUUGUUUUUUGUUUUCUGGAAAAUUGGGACUGAGAAUGAGAAAAAUAUAUUCCAGCUUCUUCUUUCCCUUAGUGGACUCAUGAAAAUUAUGACUUUUGUGUUGAUUGAAGUUUGAGUUUUUGACAUCAUUUACAGAUCCCCUAUUCUCUCUCUCUCUCUGCAUAUGAUCUUGAUCUAUCUAAUUUUUUGGUGGACUAAUUUGUUAAUUGCAUAUCUUUUCAACAGGAUUAAUAAGUAUUAUUUUUGUCUAAUGUAGACAAACUGUGAGAUCCAAGAGGACAAACAACAUAAUAUCCCAAAACAAGGACUCAGUCAUGUAUAGGCCUUUCAUGUCAUGUGAUGAUCCAAAAGGAGUUGUGGAGUGUGGGUCAAUUAGGAAAUACAGGACCAAUUCACAGAAGAUGAGGAAGGACAGGACAAAAGCCAGUGGCCGGAGGCCGGCCGAGGACACGGAGGAAUCAUUGACAAACAGAACAGACAAAGAAGAUAAGGUCUCAAAAGGGUCCAUAGAGAGAACUUUUGAUUCUUCAUCCUUGCAGCUCAUGGAGGUAUCGAGAGGAGCUCAAAGGCUGAACAACAUGAUUGAUUCAUGGUCUAGAGGCCUAAGUUAUGGUGGAAGGUCUGAAGAUAUUGCAAAAGAUUUGUUGAAAGGUGCUCUUGAUCUCCAAGAGUCUCUGGUAAUGCUUAGGAAGGUGCAAGAAGCUUCCCGAGAUGUGGCUCGUGCAAGGCGAAAACAGAGCGAGAAACCUGAGAAUGAGAGAAUUAUUGAUGAUAGAGCACAUUCCAAUAGAUUCAGUGAACAAAGCAAUUCAAUAGGAUUUCAAAGACCUUGGCCUAGUGCUGAUGGUUAUUCAAGUAGCAGCAGAGAGGAACUUAAGAAAGUGAUUAAGGAGAGUUUGGUUAGGCAAAAUCUGUUUCCAGGAACAAGCACUGAAGCACUGGAUUCGGCAUCAGAAAUGCAUUCAACAAGCUCGAGCCAAUCUUCCAUGUUUCAGAAUGAUAGGCUUUCUGAUUCUUCAUUCUCCCCAAUGAAUGCAAGGAAGGAAAAAGGGCCGAGCCUCGUUGCGAGGCUGAUGGGUUUAGAACAAGAAGAAGAAGUAACCUCAAGAUUGUUUCCAACUCUGAUGCAAAAACAGUUGGAGAGUGAAAAGAUUGUGAAUCAAAAAAGGCCUAUGUUUGAGGUGGAUAUGCCUAAGGUAAGAAAGACUAAUCCAAUUGUUCAUCCAGAAAGACAUAAGAGUAAGACUCUGAGGGAAAUCCUUGAGACUAAUCACUUCAAUGGAGUUCUAAAUAGUCCUGCAACAGAGAGAAAGCAUCAAAUGGCUCAUUACAAGCAACUUGAUGAUUUACCCCCAAUUGUGCUAAUCAAACCUCGAUGUACUCCUUGUCACGAAUUUGCCAGAGUCCAUGAGCCGGUUCCUUCAGAAGAUUUAUCCCUCAGAAAACUAAAAGCAAAACCAGUCUCUUCUGGAACAUUCAUGGGAAAGGAAAUAGAAGAACAUGUGUCCAAAAGGUUAUCCAAGGGAGGAAGAACCGAGCUACUCAGAGAGAUCAUGGAGCCGGAAGCAAAAGAGAUCAAGCCUAAUGAAAAUGAGAAGGCUCUAAGAGGAAAGGUGAAACUGAAUGGCAAUGUUAAUCACAAAUCACAGGAAAGUGAAACAGUUGAUAGAAAAGUUAAGGCCAAGACUGCUAGCAAAAUGCCACCGGAAAAGGCGAUUCUGAAACAUAAAAUUGUGACAAAAUCUCAGGAUCAAGGAGGAGAAAUCAGCUCCACAAAGUUGAGGAAGCCACAAAGUGGAUCCAGAAUUGACCUGAAUGACAUUCCUGGCAAAAAGAGUACUUCUUUAAACUCCAUCUCCAAAACAAAGAAUCAGAAAAUUAAGAGUUCCAAAGAACAGAUUAAGAAUCAGAUGAAGAAGCAAAGGUCUACUGCUGAGCCUGAAGCAGCUAAACCAGUAGAUGAACAACUAGCACAGAAAGAAGAAGAAAAGACCAUUGAUGUGCAGUAUAAAGAUGACUGCACCGAGAUUAGAAUCAUCGAUAUCAUAGCAGAUGAUCUUGCAAUAGAAGAUGAAGUAUAUUCCUCUACAAAUAAGAUUACAGCAGAAGAUUGUAAUCAGAGCCAGAGUUCUUCAGCAGACAAUAUUAUGAUGCUAAAGACUGAACAUGAAAAUGGCAGUGAAGCUGAUAGCAACAAGCAUGACAACAAAGAGGAAGCUGAGCUGAAAUAUUUUCUUUUAAACAAUCAAUCAUUCAUUAACCAUGCCGAGGAACUCCUCAAUCUUGAUUUGGAUUGUCCUAAGAUGCUACCAAAAAUUGAAGCAGAUGGAAUAGUCAAUCCCAGACUCUACUUAGACUGCGCGAAUGAACUCGCAGAGCGCAAAAGUCUUCAAGAAUCACAAGUAUUCCACCCUUUGUUGUUGCUGACCUCUUUAGGGAACUCAAGAUUUCACAUCUCUUUAGGAAGUUUGGUUGAGGAAAUCUGCAUAGCCAUUCGGAAUCUGUCAUCAUACAGUGAAAUUCAAUCUGGGAAGAAACUUGCUUCGGAUAAUAUCUAUGCAAUGAUGGAAAGAGAUAUAGAUUCCAAUUAUGGAAUGAUGAAUGGAAUAUGGAAAUGGGGUUGGAGGCAUGGAUUUUCUGCAGAUGAAGCUGAACAAGUUGUGAGUGAAGUAGAGAGCUUAGUAUUAAGUGGAUUAAUUGAGGAGGUACUUGUAAAUUUAUGAUUAACAUUACAUUUUUUGAGACAUGGAAAUUUAUGAAUCCAUAGCCUUUAGAUAUUAGCAUCUUCAUGUGGAUUAAGGGCAAGAAAAGAAUACUUGGCUGAAGAAGUCACAUAAUUUUGCUAUGAAAAGCUAUAGUUCCUAGGAAAGAAUACUAAUACAUUUGGAUUGUUUAUAUAGUGCAUUUAUUCUUUGACCUUGCAUGCUAAUUUCAACCACAAGAGAUGGAAAUAAAAAAUAUACUUUCUACAUUCAUCGAAGAAGGUUCUGAACAUUGCAUGAUGAGUACUAUGAUAUAACGAAUCAUGAAAAUGUCAGGUACUUAGGAACUAUAAUUAGUCAGCUAAUAACAAUGGUACAAAAGAUUCUGAGAUACUCACCAGUCACCACUUAUACUAGCAACUUUUUAACAGCUUUUUCUAAUAGUACUAGGAAUUAUUUAAGGCUUUUUAUGGCAUGCAAAAGUUGAAAUCAUCAAAUAUAUAUACCCUUGUAAACAUUACCAUGUUUUGACAUAGGUGCCAAACAUAACAUUAAGAUUGAGAAAGAUGGGUCUAAG